AUAAUAAUUUAUUAAUUAUUUUACUUUCUCAAUGCUCAAUGGUCUUCAUCUAUGCUCUUUGCAAAUAAGCAGUAAAUCAACCUCGGAAUCAACGUUUUGAGCUACUGUUCUUUAUCUAUGGUUGUGAGUAGUGAGUAGCCUGUGGUUUUAAUUACAUCUGAGCUAAUUGGUUGUUUUUGAGCAUUGAUUGGAAACUAUGGAUAAUGAAAGAGAAGAAAUGAACGACUCAGAAAAUAAGGCAGCUUAUUUUAACGAAACGAGCAACAGUUGCCCAAUGGAUGUUGUGAAGGAAGAAGGAACCAGUGCAAGGUGUCCUUUCAAGAAACCUCUUCAAGAGGCAACCAAGUUUCACAUAUUAGAUGAAACUGAAGAAAAGUAUGAUUCCGAUGGAUCAGUGGACUACGAUUCAGACAUACCAGACGAUGAGAUCGAAAAGAUGCUUGAAGAGGCACUGGAGCGGAAAAAGAGAAAAGCUGCCGAGGCAGGACUAGACGCCGACAGCCUAGAGGUGCCCUUUGAGGAGCGCACCAAAGUGGUGGUGUUGGAAAAGGGCAAAAACCAUUUCGACGUGUUGCCAGAAGAAUGGCUGCAAGUGACUCACAACAGUGGCAUGCCAAUAUUUUUACAUAAAUCGACCAGAGUAUGCACUUUGUCCAGGCCUUACUUUUUGGGGCCUGGAUCGGCGCGGAAACAUUUGAUCCCUGUGAAUGCCAUUCCUUGCCUGAACUAUCGCAAGGCGUUGGAACAUGAGGCCGCUCAAAAAGAGCUGAACCUGCCGGUUGAGGAGAAAAACUGCCUUACGGAGAACAUGCCCAAUGCCAAAAUCGAAACAGUGCAAGAGAACAUUCAAAUGCAAAACCUCACACCAGAUGAUCUGAGGGAGUAUUGCAAAACUCUGUUCGAAUUUCAGUCGAUCAACGUGUUGAGGUUCAAGUCCUGGUCUGAGAGGCGCAAAUUCACCAAGCGACGGAAGCAAGAGAGUCAACUGCAAAGACCCACGCUCCCAGAUGGAACUAAACUGAUCACAUUCCCGAUCAAAGCAUCGGACACGAACGAGAAGGCCAACCCGAACUGCAGAAAGGAAUGGAUAAUGAACCCAAAUGGAAAGUCUUACGUGUGUAUUUUGCACGAGUAUGUGCAGCAUGCCCUGAAGAAGCAACCUACCUAUGUAUUUGCUGAACUGGAGAACGCCGCCACUCCCUAUGCGGCCACUGUAAUGAUCAAGGACAUGAAGUACGGGAUUGGAUAUGGAACCAGUAAGAAACAGGCCAAGUCUGAGGCAGCCAAGUCAACCUUGGAGAUCCUGAUUCCUGAAAUGAAGUCCAAAAUUACAGCUGAUGCUCAAUCUGGCUGUACAAAGAAAGACAAGGACCAAGAUCUGUCUUUCUUCGACGAAAUUCGCGUGGAAGACCCGCGGGUGGCGGAGUUCUGCGCAAAAACCACCGAACCAGCCCCCUACGACAUUUUGCUCACUUGUUUGCAGCGCAAUUUCGGCCUGGACGAUCUGAAGAUUCACUACCAAGGAAACACGUCGAAACACCAAGGAAACGAAUUUACAAUGACGGUUGGCAAGUACACGACUACAGUGGCAUGCAAGAACAAGCGUGAUGGCAAACAAAGAGCUUCACAGAGCAUUUUGCAAAUGUUGCACCCCAGUAUUACGUCGUGGGGCUCGUUGUUGCGACUUUAUGGAAACCGGUCGGUAAAGAGUUUCAAGGAGAAGAAAAUGGAGGAACAAGAGAUUACCUGUCUGCAAAGCAGGGCGGCCCUGAACCAGCCCAACUAUGCUAUUUUAAACAAGCUUAAAGUCGAACUGGGCAAACUGAAUGAGAAGCGGAAAUCCAUCAGGCCAAUUGGCAUGCUGGACACCGUUGAGAAUAAGACUAGCACAGUUGCCAGUUGUCCAAUAAAGUAUAGCGUUAGCUGAAAAUGUAUCCCUGCAGAAAUAGUACAUUACGAUUCACGAGACGGAAGUUCAAACAAUGACGCAAUGUUACUUUCCUAUUAUUUAUGACGGAAUAUGCGGUUUGUGGUGCCGUGGAUGAUAUGUAAAUUUUAAUACAAAUGAAAUGACUGCACACCGCAUUUUUUAUAUUUCUGAAUCGACACUUAAAAGUAGCAAAUAAUCUAGAGUGCACUUUCCAACUACCAGUCGCAAAAUGCUCAGUUUUGUCUACAACAUUUCCAAAUAUGCCUAAACGUCCCGAUGAUACAAUGAAUUUAUUGUACGACAAUGAAUCCAUUGUAUGAUACAAUCAAUUCAUUGUAUGAACAGCGCAUUCAUUCAUUGUGAUACAAUUAAUUCAUUAGUUCGUUUGGCUCAAUCCGAUUUCUCAAAUGACAGUCUGACAACACAGCACGCUAAAACGCUAAAAAUCAGAGAUUUUGUAAAGAACUAUUUAAAGUAUUUUUCUUCCCGAUAAGCCUAAAUCAGGUCCCAAACGCGAUUUUCAAAGCAUUGGGCUAUGCAAUGCUGCAAACCAUAUCCUCAUAUAACUUUCCAUUUUUGAACUAUUGCGUUUUGAAUUCAGUGAAAAUUGGUCUAGGUUACAUGCAUUUUAAAUGGGAUCAGCUGUUCACUUUAUCAAAGUGGUAACCAGCCACGUCAUGUGCGCAGUAAUAUGCGUAGAUGCGAGUAAUAUCCUACCUUGUAUUUAUUGUAUCAUGGUUUAUCCUUGUCUAUCUUAUUGUCAGUCUGUAUAAUUCCAUGGUUACCGGAGUUGAAACCUCGUUGGUGCCUUGAAAAACAUAGCUGCCGUAUUUCUGAUAUAGUUUUUUGCAAAUUUCUCAGUUUUUAUUAAUAAUUAAUUCCUUUUACUAUUUUUUCUGUACUCCUAUAACAGCGCCAGACCAACACCAAGGAAUGACGCCAGUUUUGAAUCACCCUGUAUGUGGCAUGGGUAGGAGAAAGUAGGGUAGACAGUGUGCUCUUUAAAUACAUUCUAGAAUACAACUAGGUAGUUUACAAUUAAAUGACUUUGACAACAAAAA